GUCAGACCUGAUUUCAUGGCUGCUGAUGACUCAGAGACUGCCAGUUGACAAAUGGCCACCAAACCACCAGCGCCCGAUGUCGGGACGGAAUGGGCCAGGUGCAGGCCCGGCGCACAGCUCCCAAGACCUUCGAUCCGUGUCUACCCUGGAUAUAGAGUUCAGAUCUUCGGCACUGGCGCCAAUGGCCCCGAGCGACAAUUUUGUCUGCGUAAAAACGGCGGAGCACAUCUGCCCACGGGAGGGGUAAUGUUGGCUGGGCCAGCGACCGCGGAUUCCAACAGUCACGAGAGAGGGAAUAGAUAAUAAUACUAAUAACAUCGCCGCCCCCGUCACGACUCAUCUGCCGCGGUCAUCGUCGAAUGAGGGAGCCCGAGCCGAGUCAACCCACACGUCAGACGUCAAUCUUUCCCCCAAGGCAAGACUGGUUCUCGCUCGGCCUCAGACUGACGAUUCCACUACACAAUGGCGGCUACUGUCGGCGUCUUGGCCCUCCAGGGAGGCUUCCUCGAGCACCUCUCACUCCUCCACAAGUCCGCUCAGCAUCUCACCAGCACAACCUCACAUCACAGGAGGCCCUCGUUCGAUUUCAUUGAGGUCAGGAACACUGCCGACCUGGCACGUUGCGAUGCCCUCAUCAUCCCCGGCGGCGAGAGCACUACCAUCGCUCUCAUAGCAGCACAGUCGGGGCUCCUGGAGCCACUGAGAGAUUUCGUCAAAACCGCUAAGAAGCCCACCUGGGGCACAUGCGCAGGUCUUAUCCUGCUUGCUGAGGCAGCAAACGCCGCCAAGAAGGGUGGUCAGGAGCUUAUAGGCGGCCUGGACGUCAAGGUGCACCGCAACCACUUCGGCCGUCAGAUCGAGAGCUUCGUGGCAGACGUCGAUUUGCCGUUCCUUGCGCAGUCGCACCUGCUGACCGGCUCGGAUUCCGCCGCCCCCUUUCCCGGAGUCUUCAUCCGGGCGCCCAUUGUCGAACAGCUGCUAGCACCCGGCGCCACGGUGCACUCGGUGGAGCCCGGAGUUAAGGUUCGUAAUGGAAAUCCAGACAGGGCAGAGGUUGAGAUUCUGGCCGUCUUGCCGCACAGGAAGAACCAGGUCAAGGGCAGCGCGGUGGACAGCACCACCGAGGUCCACGGCGGCGAGCUCAAUGACAUUGUUGCUGUCAGGCAGGGCAACAUUAUGGGCACCAGCUUCCAUCCUGAACUAACCAGCGACAUCCGUAUGCAUGUUUGGUGGCUGGAGCAGGUCCUCAAGAACCUUUCUUGGACUUGAUGGGCGGGAAGAGGACACAGUUGAGAACAUUCAAACAUGUUUUACCCCGUCGCCAUGUGUGGCAGGCCGUAAUUCUGCACAUUUAGACAUAAACACAUAGACCCAGCGCAGCUUUAGAGAAAUAUGUCAAACAAUACUUUUACCGUC